CAUUUAGUCCCUUUUGUAAAGGAAGCCUUCCUUCACUUCACGGACCGGUCUGUUCUUAGUCGCCUGAUUUUGUUUCUUUCUUUUCUUUCUAUUCUUAUUUCCUCUCUCGUCUCUCCCUCAGUCAUCAUCUCUUGUCUUGGCUGAUCUCAGACCAGCUGCAGCAGACGGAUCUCUGUCUGUAACUCCAGCUGUGUGGCUCCAGUCCCGCAGGCUGGGUCGGCCAUGUUGUUGUGUGGGGGUUGAUGGAAGUUUAGUAGUAGGAAGUGGAGGCUACAAAGCGCUGGGAUACUUCAGGGUCUCACUUUUUUUUUCUUUGCUUUUUUUUUAAAAAAUCACUGUCAUGCCGAUGCAGGACUCAUCCUCGCUGACCCGUCCGCUCUGACAACAAUGACCGUCUCCUCCAUCGCCCCCGCCAUCCUCUCCAAGACUGCAACACUUAAGCUGCUUUGAUUUAACUUCACAAAAAAAAGAAAAAGAAAAAAAUCUGACCACAGUUGACUCUGCUGGAUGCGUAAAGUGGGGAUGAAGGCGACUCGGUUCCGUUUGAAAUAACUCGGAUAUUUUUCUUUUGCUUUUUGCUGAUCUGACUCGAGGAGAACAGAGGGGGGGAAGAGAAAACACCCACCGAGGACUCGGAUUUGAGAAGGGUGAGAAGAUGGGGUGCAUAAAGAGCAAAGAGGACAAAGGCCAGACGAUGAAGUAUCAGCCAGAGAACUCCCAGGCAUCUGACACCAAUACCGCCACCACGCCUCACGUCGGUCACUACGGACCAGAACCCACCCAGCUGCAGCAGAGUCAAAUUCCCUCAUCUUCCUCUGGCUCGGGGGCAGUAAAUUUCAACCACACCCUCACGCCGUUUGGUGGCUCUUCAUCUGCCAUUACUCCCUUUGGAGGAACGUCAUCUUCUUUCUCCGGUCCUGUGUCCAACUCAUUCUCUGGUUCCGUCCCCAGUGGCGUUACAUUCUUUGUGGCCUUGUACGACUACGAAGCCAGAACGUCAGAUGACCUCACCUUUAAAAAAGGAGAUCGUUUCCAGAUCAUCAACAAUACAGAAGGAGACUGGUGGGAGGCUCGCUCCAUCAACACAGGGAAGAAAGGCUACAUCCCAAGUAAUUAUGUGGCUCCUGCUGACUCCAUCCAGGCUGAAGAGUGGUACUUUGGUAAAAUGGGACGCAAAGAUGCUGAGAGGUUGCUGCUGAAUCCAGGGAAUCAUCGAGGAACUUUCUUGGUGCGAGAAAGUGAAACUACUAAAGGUGCUUAUUCUCUUUCCAUACGGGACUGGGACGAAUCCAAAGGAGAUAAUGUGAAACACUACAAAAUCCGCAAGCUUGAUAAUGGGGGGUACUACAUCACUACCAGAGCACAAUUUGACACAUUACAGAAGCUUGUGAAACAUUAUACAGAGCAUGCUGACGGGCUCUGCCACAAGCUGACCACAGUUUGCCCCACAGUCAAGCCUCAGACCCAGGGCCUUGCUAAAGAUGCCUGGGAGAUUCCCCGGGAGUCACUGCAGCUGGAGCUCAAACUGGGCCAGGGCUGCUUUGGAGAGGUUUGGAUGGGCACGUGGAAUGGUACAACUAAGGUAGCCAUAAAGACGCUGAAGCCGGGGACCAUGUCGCCUGAGGCCUUCCUCCAAGAGGCUCAGAUUAUGAAGAAGCUCAGGCAUGACAAGCUGGUGCCUCUGUAUGCAGUGGUGUCUGAGGAACCCAUCUAUAUUGUCACAGAGUACAUGUCCAAAGGAAGCCUGCUGGACUUCCUCAAAGAAGGAGAUGGCAGACAUUUGAAUCUUGUCAUGCUGGUGGACAUGGCUGCAAAGAUCGCUGAUGGCAUGGCUUUCAUCGAGAGGAUGAACUACAUUCACAGGGACCUGCGUGCCGCCAACAUCCUCGUGGGCGAGAACCUGGUGUGUAAGAUUGCCGACUUCGGUUUGGCCAGGCUGAUAGAGGACAACGAGUACACGGCGAGGCAAGGAGCCAAAUUCCCUAUUAAAUGGACGGCCCCAGAAGCUGCGCUGUACGGCCGUUUCACCAUCAAGUCAGACGUCUGGUCCUUUGGCAUCCUGCUCACUGAGCUUGUCACCAAAGGCAGAGUGCCCUAUCCAGGUAUGGUGAACCGGGAGGUGUUGGAGCAGGUGGAGAGAGGCUACCGCAUGCCCUGCCCGCAGGGUUGUCCCGAGUCCCUUCAUGAGAUGAUGAAGCUGUGCUGGAAGAAGGAGCCCGACGAGAGGCCAACCUUCGAGUACCUGCAGUCCUUCCUGGAGGACUAUUUCACCGCCACAGAGCCACAGUAUCAACCUGGAGAAAACCUAUAGCCAGACUGGACUCUUCUGUGUAUCCCUACGCCCAGAGGAAGCUUGUUUAAUGACAAGUCCAGAAAAAGUUGACCGGAAACUGCCAGUCACACAAACCACUACUUGCUCUACAUUUUCUCUCUCCCUUUUUUUUCUGUUUCCAGUGUCCACACAAGAUUUUGUUGCAUUUCAUAAUUUUGUGUUAACCUACGGUACUACACAAGUCUUAGAUGUGUGAAUUUCUGAAUAUGACUGUGGUUUCCGAUUUCAGAGAAAUGUUUCAGAUACACUCCACGUGGGAUUCUUACUCCUGUGAAAUAAGCUGUGACGAAGCCUCGCGGACGAAAAACCCACUGAGAAAAGCCGGCCGUCGCACUCAUUUGCCUCCAAAUUUGUGCUGUAACAAUAAAUUAUGCAACAUAAUGAUUAAUUGUUGAUAAGAAAUAAUAUAUUUUCCUAACGGGGAGACAUUCUCAGGGUGAGGUUGAUGGUCCAAAUUCCACACGGCUUAUCUUUAUUCACGUCAUCAGUUGCAGUAGACAUGAUUAAGAUUGUGAUAAACUCUGUCUUUUUU